AUGAAUACCCCAGUGAUACCACGGAAGCCGCUUCCAGAACCGGCACAGGCGUACUUCAAUGAUGCGAGUGAUUCCAAUGCUACGCGCGGGUCGCAAUGGGCAGCACCUUCACCUCCGGGUCAACAGACGAAAGACGCCAAUAUCACCGCCUUCCCACGUGAAGUACCCGCACCUGACGAUGAGCCCAUUCAAACAGCGAAGCGCCAUGGACUCGGAUUUGGUGUCUUUGCUGGUAUAAAAACAAGCGCUUUUGGCUCGACACUCUAUCAUCACUUCAACAACUUGCUCCCGCCACACCAAAGAUACUUCAACAACCACAUCAACCGCCGUACACUACUCAUCAUGAUCGGCAUCACCUUUGCUUCCCUUCUGGCUCUCAUCAUCGGUCUCGCAGCAGGCUUGUCCAUUGGCUCCAACAACAACGCCCUACCUUCACCUGUGGGAGCCCAGACCAGCGGUGAUAUGACCUUCUACAACCCCGCCCUGGGUGCUUGUGGCAAUAGCCAUGGGGACGGCGAUGCUGUUAUGGCUAUCUCCCACGGCAUCUGGGACAAGAACCAGGUCGGCACCAACCCCAACACCAAUCCCCUCUGUGGCAAGAAGAUUCGAGCUCAUCGCGUGGAUGAGAGGACCGGAAGGGACACUAGCAUCGUUGUCACUAUCGUCGACAGGUGCGGUGCAUGCGAUCACGAUGACAUCGACGUCAGCCCCGCCAUAUUCAACAAGCUCGCUGACCCAGCCAAGGGCAGGGUCAACGUGGAGUGGUCCUGGGUAUGA